GGACACAUCCGCUUGAAUCUUGACGUUGAUCGGUUCUGUUAUUUUUGCCAAGAUAGCACAGGAAUUUGGAUUCUGAAUACUGAGCUUCAGUGGGCGGAAGUCGCGGGGCACUGGCGUCCGUGUGCAGAGCUCUCUGAGGCGCGGCGCCAGGUGAAUGGGCGAGCCAAGGAGGACUCUGCUGGCUAUGGGAUUUUCUGCCCCACCACAGCUGCCCUCUCUGCUCAGCUGCCUCCCGUGGGCCUCGAGACACUCACGCAGCUUCCAGUUCCUGAGAAAAUCAGAUCUGCCAGCAAAGAGGCCAAGGAGAGAAACAUGCCUGCUGACAUGAAUUUGUCCCAGAAGCUCCAGAGACUGAACCCGCAGGAGCAAGAUGGGUCAAACAAGAGAUUGGUGUCCUUUGAGGAUGUGACUGUGAACUUCAGCUGGGAGGAAUGGAGGCGCCUGGACUCUGCCCAGCGACACCUGUACCAGGACAUGAUGUUGGAGAUCUACAGCCACCUCUUGGCAGUGGGGUACCCCAUUCCAAGCUCCAGGGCCAUCUUCAGAAAAAAGAAAAGAAAGGAGGCCUGGAUGGGAGAGGCUAAGUCCCCACAUCAGCAGUGUUGGCGUCAAGAAGUGGAAUCAGAGUUUUCCGCCCCUCGACCAAGAGUUUCUGAGACUGAAGCAUUUCACACUAGUAAGGCGAGUGAAGUCACAAGACACUCCCUGUGGUGUUCUAUCAUAGGACUGUGGCAAGAUCCUGACCCUACAAAAAGAAAUCGGCAAAGCCAGAAACCACCUUGGAGUGCUGGUGCUCUCCUCAGCAAGAAGACACAGAGCACAGGCAGAGGCUGUGGAUGUAAAGAGCCUGGGGAAGCCACUCCUUUGGUGUCCAGCCUCAUUUCCACACAAAAGGGAGCCCCGCAGGGACUCACAAACAGUGUGAGGCUUAACCUGGAGGCAAAGGGUGAAGAUCAAAGCAAUAUCACUAAACAGCUUAAUGAUGUUGUUACCUCUGGUCAGCUCUUCAUGCCAGACUCUUCUAAUGCUAGCCACACAAUUCCUCACAAAGGCCAGAAUUCCCGCAAAGUUCUCACCCAUAAACACACACUGAGACAGCAACAAGGGCAUCCUCAGGAGAAACCAGACGAAUGCCCUGAAUAUGGAAAGGUCUUCUAUGACAUGUCUGCUUUCAGGGAACAUCAGGCAACUCACGCUGGAGAAAAGCCUUUCGUCUGUCACAAGUGUGGAAAAGCCUUCCUCCAGAAGUCAGAGUUGACCUCCCAUGGAGAAACUCACAUAGAGAAGCCUUACGAGUGCCCCGACUGUGGGAAAUCAUUCAGUCGUACAUCCAACCUGCAGGUUCAUCAUCGAAUUCACACUGGAGAGAAGCCUUACGAGUGCUGCGACUGUGGGAAAUCUUUCAAUAAUACAUCCCAACUGAAGGUGCAUUAUCGAAUACAUACAGGGGAAAGACCUUACGUGUGCCCUGUAUGUGGGAAAGCCUUCAAGCAGAAGUCAAUCCUCAGCACUCACGAGACAAUUCACACCGGGGAGAAGCCUUACAAAUGUACUGUCUGUGGGAAAUUGUUCAGUUGCACGUCCCGACUGAAAGUCCACUCUCAGAUUCACACGAAGGAGAAGCCGUAUGAAUGUGCUGACUGUGGGAAAGCCUUCAAGCGCAAGUCAAGUCUGACUGUCCACCAGAAAAUACACAUUAGACAAACACGCUACGUAUGCAGUGAGUGUGGGAAAGCGUUCGGUCAGAAGUCGGAGCUCAGCACGCACCAGAGAACCCACCUGUGCCAGCAUGCUCACAAAUGCGCUGCCUGUGGGAAGGCGUUUACGUAUGUAUCCCAGCUGAAGAUGCAUCAUCGAGUUCACACAGGGGAGAAGCCUUACAAGUGCCGCGACUGUGGGAAGUCCUUCACGUACUCAUUCACACUGAAUGUGCAUUGUCGAAUUCACAGAGCGGAGAAACCUCACAAAUGCUCUGUCUGUGGGAAAGCCUUGGCUUCCAAGUACCAACUCGAAGAGCACGAGCGGAUUCACACAGGAGAGAAGCCGUAUGUGUGCACUGUGUGCGGCAAAGCUUUUCAUGGCAGGUCAGGGUUCCUGAGGCAUCAGAUAACUCACACCAGGGACAAGCCUUUCGUCUGUCCUGGGUGUGGAAAGGCCUUCUUUCAGCGUUCGCAGUUGAAGUCUCAUCAGCAAACACACACAGGAGAGAAACCUCAUGAAUGCCGCUACUGUGGGAAAUCCUUCAGUCAUACCUCCCAGCUGACAGUGCACCACCGAAUUCACACAGGGGAAAGACCUUACAAAUGCAGCUACUGUGGGAAGUCGUUCAGUAAUUCCUCCCAACUGAAAGAGCAUCUCCGCAUCCACACUGGGGAGACACCGUAUGAGUGUUCUCAAUGUGGGAAGGCCUUCAGCCGGAGGUCAUCCCUCAACCUGCACACAAAAAUUCACACUGGAGAAAAGCACCAUGUGUGCAUUGAGUGCGGGAAAGCCUUUAGUCAGAAGUCGGUACUUCGAACACAUCAGAGAAUUCACACUGGAGAGAAGCCUUACAAAUGCCGUGACUGUGGGAAAGCCUUGGCUUCAAAGGGUCAGCUCCGAGAUCACCAGAGAAUUCACACAGGCGAGAAACCCUACGUUUGCACUGAAUGUGGGAAGGGUUUCUUUGGCAGGUCAUCUUUGCAUAGACAUCAGAUAACUCACACUAAGGAGAGACCUUUUCUCUGUCAAAAAUGUGGGAAAACCUUCACCCAGAAAUCAGCAUUGGUAUCACAUCAGCAAAUUCACACCGGCGAGAAACCCUACGUGUGCCCCGAGUGUGGGAAGGGCUUCUACAAUAAGUCCUCUUUGCCCAGACACCGGAUGACUCACACUAGAGGGAGAUCUUUUAUCUGUCAACAGUGCGGGAAGGCAUUCCUGCAGAAGUCCGUGUUGAAAUGCCAUCAGCGAACACACACCCGCAAGCAGCCGUAGGAAUGCCAUGGGAAACUGUUCCAUAGCACAUGGCCCUGAAGGCCAUAGUCAUAUCCACAGAGUAAUGCAGAGAGGACGGGAAGUCAUCCAGCAUCAGCACAAUGGACAUGCAGCACCGGAUUCACACUGGGGGAAGACACUGUUGUAUUCCAAAAGAGGGAGGCCUUCAGCAACAUGUCAGAUAGCAAUAAGCACCAAGCAGCUCACACCAGACACGGCUCUUACAGGCUCGGUUUAGAUGUGAAAUCCUUUUGCAAGAAAUCAGUUCGUAGUCUCUGUUUCCACCUGAGGUAUAAUCCUUAGAUUACUUGAAGAAAAUGUUUUAAAAGAAUGUAUUGUACGUUAUAUCUUCUCUACGUUAAAUUAUCUAGAUAUGCACUGCUUUCUUAACCACAUUAUUCAUGAGAGACAUUUGUAGUAUGAUUAUGGGUUUCAUCCUAGGAGGAAACCCUAAAGCAAUGGACUGAGAAAAGCUUCUCUAUAGAAAAUGCCAAAAGACACAUUGUUACCAGACUAUAGAAAAGUUUUGGGGAUUUUGUAUCAACAAUAUUCCUGUUCGUUGUUAGAUAGUAAUAUUUCUAUAAUGCAAGAAAGGAAAGGACAAGAUGGUGUUAUCUCUCAAAAGUAUGUGUAUGUAUGCUUGCACAUUCGUUUGUAUGACAUUAAUGUUUACAUACGUAUUGCCUUAGACUAGUGGGGCGUGACACAGAAUUUAUUGCCUAACAGGAGUUUCUUUUUUAAGAGUCUAAUGUGUGUUGACAGCCUAUCCCUUAUUCAUACCACUAUCAAUAAUUAAUUCAUCUUUUCAUCAUAUAAAAGUAACUUUUGAGGUAAAUCCAUAAGUGAAAUUCUAUAGCAUUCACUGCUCCUUGUAUUGUAACUUUUCUCUUUUGUGAGGAGCUCAGCUUAUCUUUUCCCCAUGUGUCCCAUCUGUAGUGAGCUAUGCAGACAGAACCAGCCAUUCAUUAGAGAACCAACGAAGACUUCUUCAUAGUUUUGUGCAGGCUUCUAAUGCACACAAGAAGACAGUAAAUGGUGUGUGUGUGUGUGUGUGUGUGUGUGUGAGUGCACAUGCAUGAGUGCCAAGGCACAUGUGUGAAAGAUAAAAAACAAUGUGUGGGAGUUGGUUCUUUAUUAACAGCAUGCAGGUCCCCAAAACAGAACUCAGGUAAGUCAUCAGGCAUGGCAACAUGUGCCAUUAGCCAUUGAGCAAGCUCAUGCUCAUGCCCACCUAUGGAUUUCUCUUUUCUUUCUUUCUUUCUUUCUCUCUCUCUCUCUCUCUCUCUCUCUCUCUCUCUCUCUCUCUCUCUCUUUCUUUCUUUCUUUCUGUCAGAGUCUUACUAUGUAACCUUGGAAGAACUGGGGCUUACCAGGCUGGUCCUAAACUCACAGAGAUUUACCUGCUGCUGCCCCCCAAGUGCUGGGACUAAAGGCAUGCACCACCAUGCCUGCUUGAAUUUUUGAAAUAAAGUUGUAUGCAGCAUAGCCACGUUCAUUUGUAUA